GCUUACUAUGAUACGAACAAUACCGAUAAUUUAGCCAAGCAAUAAGUGUUCUGCGAAAUUGAGUAAGAGAAGAAAACAAAAGACCUUGUCUAAAAAUAAAUACCGAACCAAGGCACUUCAGCAUUUAGAAUAAGGAAAUUGAGAAUUGCAAGCAAAUGUUUGUGUAUUAUUUUUGGACAUGAUUACUUGUACCGACGAUUUUUUGUUACGCUUUCCUUUCAUCGGUAAUAUUCUGCAAUUAUUUUUCUGGCCUGAGCUUUGCCAAUAUUUCUUUACUCCCAAUUUGUAGAACGUCAUUAGUUCGUUAGCGGAGGAAGCUUCCUCUAUAAAAAUCAAUGGCAAUCGGUUAUUUGGCAACAAUUACACAAUUGAGUUCUAACAGUGAAGUCUCCGUGAAGCACUAGUACAAUGAAAGUUUUCGUCUGCAUUUUAGCCUCCUUGGUGGUAGUUAGCGCAGGAGGUGGUUAUCUGCCACGAGGUGGCGGCGGCGGUGGUGGCUUUGGCGGUGGUUAUGGCGGCCAGGGUGGCUUUGCAGGCUCUUCCAGUUCCGCCAGCUCGAGUGCGUCUGCAUACUCCUCAGGUGGUGGUUUUGGUGGCGGAGCCGGAGCGGGGCGCUAUGCCGGCGGCUUUGGUAAAGGCGGUGGAGGUGGCGGUCGUGGCUGGAAAAGUAGUGGUGGCGCCUUAGGCGGCGCUGGCAGCUAUGGUGGCGGCGCAUCUUUGGGUGGAGCUGGUGGUUAUGGUGGCGGCGCAUCCUUGGGUGGAGUUGGUGGUUAUGCCGGCGGUUCGUCCUUGGGUGGAGCAGGUGGUUAUGGUGGCGGCAGUGGUUUCGGCGGUGGACAUGGUGGCGGUAGAAAGGGCGGUUUGUAUGGCGGCGUUACCUCCAGUAUUUCCUUCCAACCAGGAAAUUCUUUGGGUAGCGGCGGUGCAGGUUCUUAUGGCGGCGGCGUUGGCCAUGGCAGCGGUUUGGGCGGUGGAGCAUAUGGACCUAGUCUUGGCGGUGCUGGAAUCGGUGGCGGUUAUGCUAGCGGUGGCUCUUCAUAUGGAGCCAGUAGCAGCGCUGCUGGAUAUGGCGGUGGUGCUUAUGGUGGCGGUGCUGGAUUGGGUGGUUAUGGUGGCGGUGCUGGAUUGGGUGGUUAUGGUGGCGCUGGCGGUAAAUCAGGUUACGGCUACUCUGCUGGUAGUAGUGCUUCAGCUAGCUCAUCCAGUUCAGCCGGUUCAUCUGGUUGGUGGAAGAAUUAGUUCGAUUCUAUGACCGUGAUAUAUCAUAAAAGCUUUCAGUAAAUACUCUAUGUGUAAUUCAGAAAACAUGGAAAUAAAUAAUUGCAACGACGUUUCGUUUA